AUGACCGAUUCAUCAAAGUUAUUACCAUCAUCGUCUUCAGGGGCAAAUCAGCGGCCAAACUCAUCUAGAUUUCCACCAUUAGUGUCGACACUACCGGUGCCUAACGGCCAGUCGGUUAGGCGUAUUAGAAGCGCAUCAUUUGAUAACUCAUUCACCACUUUCGAUGUGAAUCGUGAUAAACAUUACGAUAAAAAUAAUCACCGUGUUCGUAAUAGAAGUGGCAAACAUUUGUCACUUGAUCUAGAUCAACAAUUAGAUAGUAGUGAAGUGCUACAAACACUGACCGAUAUAACAAUUAGUGGUGAAACUAAUGCCAAACCAGAAUAUUCUGUGACACAAGAAUAUUCUGUUCACAACAACAACAAACUUAACGCUAAUUAUGAUAACAUGUAUAGCAAACAAGAUAUAGCAGAAGAUGAAUUGGAGGCACUGGUGGACUACGAUGACCCCUACCCGUCCACACAAACACUGGGCGACGAGUUUGUAAAAUUAAAAUCAGAGAACCGAGUGUUGAAACAAAACUUUAUACAAAUGACCAAGAUGUUACAAAAACACUCGAGGUUAAUGGCUCGCAAGGACGAGAUUAUACUAAAGUUGCAAGAUCAGUUUGCCAGCAAUCUUGGCCCUAAUAAUAACGGCAUUAAUUACAAUCUUGAAAGUAGUGGUGAAACACAAGUAGUGGUGAAAGAUAUCGAUGUUUUUGUUGAGCAAAAUUUGCGCCAAUUUUACCACAAAUCGCAAGAAUUAGUGUCAAAAACGGCAAACUAUAGCCAUUUUGCGGAUACAAUGGCCACAGAGUUUGGCCGACAAGUGACUGAAUGUCGGCGAUUUGUCGAUGAAAUCAAUAGAUAUCAUAAAACUAAUGGUGAGAUUCUGGAGAAAAAAGUACAACAAACUCAACGAGAAUCACAGGAACGGCACCAGAAUCUGAGCGCAGAAUAUUCUGCACUACAAAAUACGUGCGAUAUUCUUGUCCAACAGAAUAUCGCACUUAAAUCACUGAUUGACCACAUCCACGACCUGUGCAACAUCGACACGACAUACGACGUGAACAAACCGGACUCAAUCAAUUCACUCAAGCAAUUUCUCGGCAAUCUAUUCGCUCGACAGCGCCGGACGUCUACCGAAGCCGACGAACUCCGGCGCCGACUGUCCACCGAAGAGGACUGUCUGCUCGAUCUGACCGAACUGUUGGCCGAGUGCGAGCUCGAGCUCGAGCUACUCGGCCGCACACCAGACACUAUACAGCGUAUUGUGGAAAAAUUUACCGAGAGGUUUGAUGCCGUGUACAACAGGCGCCAGACACAGUACUCGGCAUAUUUUGACUCGCUUAAAAGGGCCUGGUUCGAUGACCCGGAUGCUGACCGAUUCAAAUGA